CAUAACUCUGGGCGGGUGCAGUCUGGGGCGCAGUCUGGGGCAGCAGACACCCAGCCGCUCCGAGCUGAACUGGCAGCAUGAAGGCCCUCCUGGCCCUGCCGCUGCUGCUGCUUCUCUCCACGCCCCCCUGCGCCCCCCAGGCCUCUGGGAUCCGGGGAGACGCUCUGGAGAAGUUUUGCCUUCAGCAGCCCCUGGACUGCGAUGACAUCUACGCCCAGGGCUACCAGGAGGACGGUGUGUACCUCAUCUACCCCUCGGGCCCCAGCGUGCCCGUGCCUGUCUUCUGUGACAUGACCACCGGGGGCGGCAAGUGGACGGUUUUCCAGAAGAGAUUCAAUGGCUCCGUGAGUUUUUUCCGGGGCUGGAAUGACUACAAGCUGGGCUUUGGCCGUGCCGACGGGGAGUACUGGCUGGGGCUGCAGAACCUGCACCUCCUGACGCUAAAGCAGAAGUACGAGCUACGAGUGGACCUGGAAGACUUUGAGAACAACACGGCCUCGGCCAAGUACGCCGAAUUCUCCAUCUCGCCCAACGCGGUCAGUGCCGAGGAGGACGGCUACACCCUCUACGUGGCAGGCUUCGAGGACGGCGGGGCAGGCGACUCCCUGUCCUACCACAGCGGCCAGAAAUUCUCCACCUUCGACCGGGACCAGGACCUCUUUGUGCAGAACUGUGCAGCCCUCUCCUCGGGAGCCUUCUGGUUCCGCAGCUGCCACUUCGCCAACCUCAACGGCUUCUACCUGGGCGGCUCCCACCUCUCCUAUGCUAAUGGCAUCAACUGGGCCCAGUGGAAGGGCUUCUACUACUCCCUCAAGCGCACCGAGAUGAAAAUCCGCCGGGCCUGAGGGGCUGGCCCCCGUCAGGCCCCGAGUUCCCCCUCCUAGCUGCUCCAGGUUUCCAUGAGUGCUCCCUCCGCGCCCUGGCCUCACCCCUGCCUCCUGCUCUCUUAGCACCUGCUUCUCACAGGGGAUCUCGCGGCUCUCGCCCCAGCGGAUCCCGUCACCCCCAGGGUGUCCAUCUCCAGGCCAGGCCUCUGUUCCCUUCGUCACCGGCCACGCGGCCAGCAGCUGACCCAGGCCUCCUCCGAAAGGCGCAGCCGUCCUGGCCCAGACCUGACUGGGCUCUGCGAGACUCUUCCUUGCCUCUGCCCUACCCCAAAGGCCGAACCGCUCUCCUCGGCUGUGGGCUUCCGCAUUCCACCUCAGCCAGCUUCCUCACCGCGGGCUCCUCGGUCUGGAGCCACCCUAGUGUGCUAGACUGAGCUGGCGUAGCCUAAUACCCACGGCCUGCGCCAGGCUACCCACGUGUGGCCACUGCCGCCACUGCCCGGCGCUCCCCGCACCGUUCCGAGUAUCUCCGUCCUCCGUUUCCCUCCCACCAACUCAUCCCCCAACGGUGAGCACCAUGGACCCCCAGCCCCAUCUCACUGUCAUACUCAGCUUCCCCUACCUGCCUGUCCCAGCCCCUAGAGCUCAAUGCCAAAACUGUAUUUCAGCAGUUACCGCAUGCCGCUCGAAAACAGGUACAACCACGGUAGGCAUAGACACAAGGUCCCCCACCCACCCCAGGGUUGAGGUUUGACCACAUGAGGGGGCAGAGGACCACCUCCUGUGGGGCUGGAAGCAGGUGGGGAGCGAAGAUCUCAAUAAACCUCAGGAUCUGAA